CACGUGAUCCGGGGAUGAGGUGGAGUUCGGCUUUAAGGGGGCGUCUCUUCCUAUCUUCAUCAAUCUUUAGGAUUUGAGCAGGAGAAAUACCAGCGGAUCUUUUCUCCCCUCUCUGCUCCCUUCCGUUACCGUUCUUCCCGCUUUCGUAAACGGGCGGAAAAGACGAAUCCAACGGAGGAGUGCUCAGAUUUGUCAUGCCCACCUGGAUCCUGUGCAAAAGCCUAACUCACUAGGUGACACGCAGGCAGGGGGGCGUGCAGAGCCUGCCUGUCUCUACCUGCACAGAAAUGUAGAAGCAGUAUCUGGCAGUCCUAAGACUCUAGAAUGCUUCCCUGGUGAAGAAGAGAGCAGAAAGAGAUCCAGCCCAGCUGCCCACCUAUGACUAAAGCAUUGUUCAUUUCAAGGGAAUGAAGAAUUCAGAAUAAUUUUGAGAAAUGGAUUGCAAUAUGGAGAAUUAAGAAAAAGCUGAACAUUUGAUCUGCUUUGAAGAAACAUAUUUUCCAUUUGUCUAGUGUAAUCUAUAACAACCAAACCAAUCAAAAUGAAUUCAACAUUAUUUUCCCAGGUUGAAAAUCAUUCAAUCUUCUGUAAUUUUUCAGAGAAUUCCCAGUUUUUGGCUUUUGAAAGCGAUGAUUGUCAUCUGCCCUUGGCCAUGAUAUUUACAUUAGCUCUCGCUUAUGGAGCUGUAAUUAUUCUUGGGGUCUCCGGAAACCUGGCCUUAAUUAUAAUCAUCUUGAAACAAAAGGAGAUGAGAAAUGUUACCAAUAUCCUGAUUGUGAACCUUUCCUUCUCAGACUUGCUUGUUGCCAUCAUGUGUCUCCCUUUCACAUUUGUCUACACCUUAAUGGACCACUGGGUUUUUGGUGAGGCAAUGUGCAAGUUGAAUCCUUUUGUGCAAUGUGUUUCAAUCACCGUGUCCAUUUUCUCUCUGGUUCUCAUUGCUGUGGAGCGCCAUCAGCUGAUAAUCAACCCGCGAGGGUGGAGACCCAGUAACAGACAUGCUUAUGUAGGUAUUGCUGUCAUUUGGGUUCUUGCUGUGGUUUCUUCUCUACCUUUCCUCGUCUAUCAAGUAUUGACAGAUGAGCCGUUCCAGAAUGUAACACUUGACGCAUUCAAGGACAAAUACGUGUGCUUUGAUAAGUUUCCAUCGGACUCCCAUAGAUUAUCUUAUACAACUCUCCUCUUGAUGCUGCAGUAUUUUGGCCCACUCUGUUUUAUAUUUAUUUGCUACUUCAAGAUAUAUAUACGCUUAAAAAGGAGAAACAACAUGAUGGACAAGAUGAGAGACAAUAAAUACAGGUCCAGUGAAACCAAAAGAAUCAACAUCAUGCUGUUGUCCAUCGUAGUAGCGUUUGCAGUCUGCUGGCUACCCCUUACCAUCUUUAACACUGUGUUUGAUUGGAAUCAUCAGAUCAUUGCUACGUGCAACCACAAUCUGUUAUUCCUGCUGUGCCACCUUACAGCAAUGAUUUCCACUUGUGUCAACCCCAUAUUUUAUGGAUUUCUGAACAAAAAUUUCCAGAGAGACUUGCAGUUCUUCUUUAACUUUUGUGAUUUCCGGUCUCGGGAUGAUGACUAUGAGACAAUAGCCAUGUCUACCAUGCACACAGAUGUUUCUAAGACUUCUUUGAAACAAGCAAGCCCAGUCGCAUUUAAGAAAAUCAACACUGAUGAUAAUGAAAAAAUCUGAAACUCCUGUAGCAUAUGGUCCCAGAUGACAUCUGUCUAAAAACAAGCACAACCUGUAACAUCU